AUGUGUGUCCAAAUCGAGCUGGAUAAAGAUUAUAAUGAAGGACAUUUAGAUAAACAAGUGGCUGUAAAAGACAAAAGACCAAAUGAAUUUGAACUUCGUUCAUGUUCUGGUUGGAGUGAUGAAGAUGGAGAAAUUCAAUAUGGUAUAACUUUUGCAGAACGUAUGGUAUGGUAUGGUAUGACCAUGCCAAGUAACACAAAUUUUUAUUCUAAAUCCUUUUUUGGAUUUAAGCAUUGGUACAGUAUUAGUAUAUCCGAAAGUGAUGAAGAAUGCAUGGGUUGA